CAACUGGGAGAGGUUCCUGAGGACUGGAGGAAAGCAAAUGUCACUCCUAUCUUCAAGUAGAGCGAGAACGAGGAUCCAGGGAACCACAGGCCUGUUCAGUCUCAUCUCGAUCUCCGGGAAGGUGAUGGAGCAACUAAACCCGGAGACCAUUUCCAGGCCCAUGAAGGACAAGAAGGUGAUCGGGAGUAGCCAGCGUGCAUUUAUGAAGGGGAACUCAUGUCUGACCAACGUGAUGGCCUUCUACAAUGAGGUGACUGGUUUGGGUGGAGGAGGGGAGAGCAGUGACUGUUGCUUAUCUUGACUUUAGUAAGGUUUUCGAUACCGUCUCCCAUAACAUCCUCAUAGACAAACGGAUGAAGCACUGACUAGAUAAGUGGACAUUUGGGUGGGCUGGAAACUGUCUGAAGGGACAGACUCAAAGGGUUGUGAUCAGCAUCACAAAGUCUAUCUGGAGGCCGAUUAACAGCGGUGUGGCCAAGAGGUUGAUGUUGGCUCCAAUACUGUUUAACAUCUUCAUUAAUGACCUAGGCGACAGGACAGAGCGUACCCUCCACAAGUUUGUAGAUGCUACAAAACUGGGAAGAGUGGCUGAUACGCCAGACAAGUGUGCUACCAUUCAGAGAGACCCUCAACAUUCUGGAGAAAUGGGCAGAGAGGAACAUCAUGAAAAGGAUCUGGGGCUCUUAAUGGACAACAAGUUGCCCAUGAGGCAGCAGUGUACCUUUGUGACAAGGAAGGCCAACCCCCUACUGGGAUGGACAGUCCCAGGUCUCAGCCUCUCCACCUAUGUCAGAUGUUCCAGUCCCUGAAUCAUCAUCUUUGUGGCCCUUCUCUGGACUCUCUCCAUUAUGUCCAUAUCUCUCUUGUACUGGGGAGCCCAGAACUGGACACAGGACUCCAGGCACAGUUGAUUGCACAGUCUAUAGGUCAAGCAUUUAGCGUGGCCUACCAGGAAUUUCUGAGGGCAAAUGGAAUCAAUCCAGAAGAUCUAAGCCAGAAGGAAUAUAAUGACUUACUCAAUACCCAGGACAUGUACAAUGAUGACCUGAUUCAUUUUUCCAAAUCUGAAAACUGCAAAGACGUUUACAUUGAAAAGCAAAAGGGAGAAAUUCUAGGUGUAGUGAUUGUGGAAUCUGGCUGGGGAUCCAUUUUGCCUACAGUUAUCACAGCCAACAUGAUGCAUGGAGGACCAACAGAGAAGUCUGGGAAACUAAAUAUAGGGGACCAGAUCAUGUCAAUUAAUGGGACCAGCUUGGUUGGCUUACCACUCUCAACAUGCCAGAGCAUUAUAAAGGGUUUGAAAAACCAAGCCCAAAUUAAACUGAAUGUAGUUAGAUGUCCUCCAGUAACCACGGUCUUGAUCAGGAGACCUGACCUCAGAUACCAGUUAGGCUUCAGUGUACAGAAUGGGAUUAUCUGUAGCCUUAUGAGAGGAGGUAUAGCAGAGCGAGGAGGAGUGCGAGUUGGCCAUCGUAUCAUUGAAAUCAAUGGGCAGAGUGUUGUAGCAACACCUCACGAAAAAAUUGUUCGCAUUCUCUCAAAUGCUGUUGGUGAGAUUCAUAUGAAGACCAUACCAGCUGCUAUGUACAGACUGUUAACUGCGCAAGAGAGACCAGUUUAAGACUGACACCUCACCUUUGCAACAUGCAUGAAGGAUAAUUUACCUCAUUACUGCUUCUGUUUCUAACCCUGCAUUUGUGUUUGCAGAUACAUUUCUCUCUCCCCAAUAUUUGUUGUCUGUAGAGGGGGAGGGAAAAUAUAGCCAUGAGACUUUUUGGUUGCAUCUCUGUGCAAGUAAAGUUUUAUGCAACUUCACACACAGAGUGAAUAGCAGUAGCAGCAGUGUCCAUGCUAAGAUUCACAAAAAGAAAACUUACAUGCCUAUGAUGAAUAACUGAUGCUCUCAGAAAACUUACAUGCCUAUGAUGAAUGAGUAACUGAUGCUCUCAUAAAACCUAUUGUUCAAAUGCAGACCCUUUUUUUCUGUUCUUCAGGAUAGUAGAACCCCAAAUGGUACUCUGUGAGUUGGUACAAACAAUGCAGUUUUGACAUGUUUCAGCAAAUAGUUCAGGAGAUGGGAUUUUCUGCAGUUGGGUCGCUCAGGUUUCUAAUUUUUAAAAUACUUCUUUUUCAAAUGCAAUGUGUCUUUUAUAUGCCCAUUUCAGAUGUCAAAGUUGGAGGGGAAGGAAGUGAUCUCUAAAUAUGCAGUGAGAGUAAUAUUGAAGGGCUCUGCUGAGAAGCUAUACAUUUUAAGCUCUUAAUUACAGAUUUGGUGCACACAACCCUGUGCUUAUUUAUACUGACAUUUUAUAAUUGUGUUUGAUAUUUAUGAAGCUUGAAAAUAAUUGGUUUUUACACUGCUUUAAGUAAUUAUGUUACACUAAGUUUAAAAGUAUUUUUUGUUGAAAGACGUAGUUUUAUUGACAUUUUUCUUUAGACAUAGAUAAAUGGGAGAAGUAAAGGUAAGGUGGGGAAAAUUAUUUCUUAAUUUUGUUAUAUAAGUUAAUUUGUGAUUUGAUUUUCCAUAUGACACUUAGAGGAUGUGUGAGCACUAUAUGGAUUUCUAUGAAGAAGAAAUGUAGAGAUGAUUGGUCUAUAACUUAUAUCAGGGGCAAAGGGGAAAAACAGUAAAAUGAUAAAGCAGCUGAUGGUUCUUUUUACUGCUGUUUACACUGAAUUUGAAACAUAUAUUUAGACCAGACUGAUGCCUUGAAUUUCCUGAAAUCAACAGUUUCUGCCAUGUUUUAUUGUGAUCUAAAGGCUCAGUGGGAUUAAAAACAAGACCAGAACACACAUGGAAAAAAAAAUUCCAACCUCUUCACUUGAAAAUGGUGUUAUGCUUAUAACCAUUAGUUUCUCCAUUACUGUGGAAUGGACUGUGCAGUGCACUGUGUUUGAAGACUAGUAAUGAUACCUGGACUUUAUUACAGAGACUUCAUGAAUAUGUGUGUGUACAUGCACACUUCUGUUGAUGAGAGCCAUGAAAACUCUGUUUUUAUCGGAGCAUUUGGUUUCCAUCUUUGGUCGGAAGUUUAUUGUUGCCUUUCAUGGACAUACAUGGGCUGAAAGGAGAGAGAAAAUCAGCUUUAUAUUUCAGUGGGUAGUAAGGGAGAUAACAGAACAGAGCAUAAGCUAUUGUAGUAAGUGAAUACAUUUUAGUUUCAAAGUAGUGUAAGAUUUGAUUUACUGCAAUUCUUGUUGCAUAAUUUAAUCUCAGUGUCUGGAAUAGCAGAUUUUGCAAGUAAAUGGUAUUAGUAUUACAGGUUAAUAUUUACAUCAGCUAUCAGACUGACGUAAAGAGAUUGUGAAAGACUUUUGAUUAGAACUUUUUAAUUGUAGACACCUGGUUUAUGAGGAUAAUUUGAAAUUUUUUAUAACUUCUUAAAAUUAUAGCAAUAUAUCAAAAUAUUAUAUAUAACCAUAUACUAUUUAGUAGGUUAUAUACAGUGCAGCCUUUCCAGUUGUCUGAGGAAACUCAACAAUCAUAAGACAGUUAUCACACUUUGAUUCCUACUGUGUUUUAAACUCUCAACUUCACUUGUUUUUGUGGUUCUGUCCAACUCAUGUUGAGGAGUCUUCCCAUUAACCUCAGUAGGAGACGAAAACCUAAACACACAAAAACCAGAAUCAUUAAAACCAAGGCUGUUUUCCUGUAAUCAAGUAUAUAACUAAUUAUAAGCACCUGUUGACUUCAUGGUGAACAGAUGCUUCAAGCUAAGCGUGUGAAUGCUUGUAGGAUUGGAGUCUAGUGAAAAAUCUUCAUUGUUCCAAUUAAUUGUAAUAUGUAUAUAAGAUUUCUAUACUGGCAAGUUUCCAGUGUGCAUUCCUGGUAUGUCUUGUAAAAAAUCCCACCAUUUUAGUUUGCAAAAGUAAAGAUAGUUGUGAGAAAAACGAGCUCAAAAGGAAGAGUUGGCAAUUUUCUACAGUAGUGCAAUAGUUUAUUAGAUUAGAUGUGUGAAUUCUCCAUGGAUUCAAACCAAUAAACUACCAUUUUACAUUCUUUCUUCUGUUAAAGGUCUGAAAAGUUUUUUACCUCUUCACUAUUUCAUAUGUUCUUAUUAAUGUUUCAAUGUUUACAUUAAGGAUGAAACAUCCUUUUUAUUAGCAAGUUUCUCCACUUGUGUUUAAUCUUGUUGUGAUUUGAGAUUUGGUUGGAAUUUCCAGACUUUGUGUGUUUUUUCCUUAAUUUUCUAAAUAAAAUUAGUUUCUGAAGAUGACAAUGUGCAUGAGAUCUCUUGUACAUAUUUUGUGCAGUGCCCGAACUCUCUUGUAUUAUUGUUCUGUAAAAAGGUUGAAGAGGAAUUAUUAUAUUGGGAAAAGUAUAGUAUUGUAUUUGUAACAAUAUGGUUCUUUGUAAACUCUAAACUUAGUGGUUUCUCCAUAUAUAUAAAUGAGCCUAGAAUGUGAUCCUGCACAUCUGAAUGUAAC